AGCGACAGAGCGGGGAAGACGCAAGGAGCUCACGUUGGGUUCAGGAUGCGUGGCGAGAAGAACCCUCUUCGUGGUUUGGUAUCGAGUGCGUUGGAUGGCGAUGAGCUGCACUGGGAGCGUGCGCUAGAGAUAGUGGAGAAGAUCCAGCAGGACAACAGGCAUGCCGCCAUCACGCUAUACAUAGUGCACAACCGCCUGGUCGGCAGGGGACUGCCGCAGGUCAAAGCCAGCCUACAGGUGCAAAGGAAACACACACGCAGAGAGGAAUCAUUGGAAGAUGUGCCCAUUCACUCUGUGUGUGUGUGUGUGUUGGAUUAGUUGCUGGAGCUGUGUGUGAAUUCGUGUGGCAUCGCAUUUGCCCGCCAGAUGAGCGAUGAGUUCAUCCACUCCAUGACCAGGAUACUCAAAAAGGUAUGUCCCCCUCUCCCACUGUGUGACUCACGUACCUCCUGCCUGCCUGUGCGUCAUUCGCCUCGCCUGCAGGACAUGAGCAAGCCCGAGACGCUGUCCUCGACUCUUGCGACCGUCACGACGGCCAUGUCAGAUUGGAUGCUCGGGUGGGUGGGUGGCUGCGUGGGUCCCACCACACCCACACGCAGCAUUGAUUGCAUCCUCCACGCCGUGUGAUGUGUGUAUGCAGUCCACCGUCGGCGAGCUCAUCGUCAUCGGGUCCGUCAGCUGCUGCCGGCGACCUUGCCCGCCGCUCACACACUGUGGGCGGGAGCGAGAUGGAGAUGCUCGAGGAGUGCCAGCAGAAGGUGCUGUACCUGCUGCAGCUCUGGACUGGUGAGGCGGUGGCAGAGCAAGGGAGGGAGGGAGGGAGGGAGGGGGUGGAGGCGGCAGCACACAUGUGUGGAUGGUGGCUGUGCCUGUGGUUGUCAUGCAUGUAUCCUGUAGACGCGUUCAUGCAUCAGGAGGAGCAGGUCGAGCCCAUCUUUAAGGCGUAUAGGAAACUUAGGAAGAAAGGUCAGUCAGUGUGUCUUCCAAUUGGGGAGAAUUGACGAGAGAUUCAUGUCAUGCUGUCUGUAUACGACACAUCAGGUGUCAAGUUUCCCCCUCGGUCAGCCAACCAGCGAUUUCUCGUCCCUGACGCAUCGGUCAACACACACACGCACAGGGAGGAGGAGAGAUCAAUGCGGCCCACGGGCCUGUCCCCCAUGUGUCUGUGUGCGGUGUGUGGUGUGCACCGCAGGAGUCCCCGGCCUUUGAUGAGGCCCUUGCGCACCGCCACCAGCCUGUCAACGCACUCCCCAUCACUGACGCCCAGGCACGUCCGCACCCACACACCUACACCCACACCCACAGCCACGUACACACAUGAGUGUCUUGUGUGCUGGAUGGAUGGCUCAUUCGUGUGUCCAGAUAGAGGCGUUGGAGCGUUCUCUGCACACUUUGCGGGUCACCAAGGACAUCCGGCAGGUGGAGAAGUGCGUCAACGUGUGCCGGCGCAUGAAGCCCCGCCUGGCCGCUCGCAUACAAAACUACAGCGAGAUACCCGCACCGACAGAUGAAGACACUGAGAGGCUCACGGUAAGUGUGUGUGCAACACACAGACCCACGCAAAAACAAAAAGCAAGCGAAUGCAAUGCAUCCCUUCUUCUCCUUUUCUCCGUCCAUUCGGUCUCCAAUCAGUCUUUGUUGGCGCUUCACGACCAGCUGGAGUCGUCUCUCUCCCAGAUGGUGGCCGUCCCCUCGUCAGACCCCUCCCUCCCUGCGCCCGCAUCUCGGAUCGUCAUCCGCACCGCAGACAACGCGCAACAUGACAAGAGCAGACGCCUGCCCGUGACGACCAACACCAACACCCCCUCGCACCCACAGAAGAGGCCCGACAACGAGCCCAUUCCCGCCCUCCCGCCGCCCACGAAGGGCAGUGCCAAUAUACAGCAGAGGGACAGCGGGGAGGACCACUCACACACGAGGGUCGCAAACCUGCUGGAAGAGAAAGAGGGCGAUCUGUUCGACGUCGAGGAAUCGACGCAAGACGUUCCUGAGCUGCUGGAUGACCUGCUCGCAAUGGAUCGUUAUGAAGACGCAGAGGCGCAGCAGCAGCAGCAGCAGCAAGAGCAGCAUGAGGGGGGGUCUGCUGCCGUUAGUGUGCCUGAAAAUCGCAUUCUCUACCAGUCGGCGGCAUGCAUGGUGGUCGACGUCGCCACUGGCAAGAAGCCUUCACCACCCGAGCACGAGACGACCGACUUGCUAGGCUUCGACGAUCCCCAUCAGCGGCAGCAGCAGCAGCCUGAGACCCCACCCAGAGAAGGGGAGAGAGAGGCGGACGAUUGGGCCCAGUUUGAUGACGGCGAGAGGGUGGCGGCCAUCGCAUCGAAUCCUUUUAUCGUGACACCGCCGAGCGACAAGGUGACCCCACCCACCCCGCCGCAGGCUGUGCCCAGGCUCGCACCCCCGCCGGCAGCAAAGGUGUCUGUGUCGCCCGUCAAGCCUACCACACACACUACCACCACCAACCUGCUGGAGGAAGUCGACCCGGAGCCGGAGCACCACGUGGUGCGGUCGAUGACACGCAGACAGACAGACAGACAGACAAGAGAGAGCAGGUGCAUCUAUCGCUCAAUGUUUGCCUGUCGUAUGUGUGUCACAUAAAGGGGAAGGCGUUUGAUGGCUUGUUCGAGACGGGCGUCGCUGACGGCUCAGGCGCCACGGCAAACACACCCCGCGACCCAGCAGCAGCAGCAGCGGAUGAGCAACACCACCACCUCGCCCCCGCCCCUCAUCUCGCCUCCAGGAGUGUGCGAGACAUCACCCUCAUACCAUCGGAUGGCGACAGCCUGGGUGCACCGCUGCCGCCCUUUCCAUCGCCAUUCGAUGACGAAGGGCCGCAUAAUGACGACUUCGCGGCUUUCGAUGCAGCUCAAGGGUCAGGCUGGCCGGAGCAAAGAGGAAAUGAGGGUGGGGGAGAGCGCGAGGGUGGGGGUGAGAGCAGGCAGCAGCAGCAGCAGGUGGAUCGGCCUGCCAGUGCUCCUUCGUUGGUGCCCCACCUGCCGCCACCACGGCGUGCGAGGGACGUGGGAGUGGUGCCAACACCCUCAUCAGAGAGAGACAAGGGGAAGGACUUGCUCGACCUGUGACGCAUGGAUGGACGGAUGGAUGGAUGGACGGGCUCAUGAAAGGUGCGGGAUGAUUGCCGAAACAGAGUUUGUUGCGCGAAAUGUCCUUGCCCAACACCAUAUGCCCAACGUGUCUCAGCACGGCUCGGAUCACGAUCGCUCCCGCAAAGCCCCCAGUCUCGCAGGGAAAUCUUGUUGGGUUUUGAUAGCAGGGUUUGUGCUUAGCU